AUGGCGUCUCUUAAUGAACAGCUUUCCACGUUGGUUGAGAACUACACAGCUUGCGAUGUAUCAGAUGCUCUCUUGAAGCUACAGAAAGUGCCGGAAGGCAGUGCACCCCGAGCCGGCUACCUGGCUGAUUUGACCCCCUUCUCCCCGCAAGUCGGAAGAAACGACACUGCGCGAAAAGUCGCGGCACCAGCAACGACGUUCAAGUUCUUGCCGAAGAGCGCCAGUCCGCCGUCAAUCGCCACGGAGAAUCCCGAAAAACACGGGUUCCCGCCGGGCAAGCACUGGGUUGACUAUGCAGGAGACUUUGCCGCGGAGGAUCCGUCCAAGGCGGGCUCGAUUAUCGUCAUUGAGCAGCCGGGUGAUCAGUACUGCGCUGUAACGGGUGGGAUCAUGGCGACGCGCAUGAAGGUUCUUGGUAUCAAGGCUGCCGUCGUGGGUGGUCGAGUGCGUGACUUGAGAGAAUUGCAGGCGACCGAACUUCCGAUCUGGGCUCGGGCCACUUCGACUGUAGGUACAGGUGCCGAAGCGAAAGCGGGUGUGCGGAAUGUUCCUAUUUCCAUUGGAGGUGUGACGGUUGAUGCAGGAGAUAUUGUUUUUUGUGAUCCCAUGGAAGGGGUGGUUGUCAUUCCUCGCGACUUGCUUGGCCCCGUUCUCGAGCUCAUGCCGAAGUUAAUCAGUAUGGAUGACCAGGCAAAGGAAGCCGUAGAGCAAGGAAUGACUGUCACAGAUGCAUUCAAGAAGUUUCGGUGA